AUGUCCUGGUCGCAACUCCAUGAGGUUUAUUGGUACGAUAACCCAGAAAAGACGAUCGAUUGUGCCGUCUGCAACGCACCUUCGUCUGGUCGCCACUAUGGCGUAUUCACAUGUGAAGGGUGCAAGUGUUUCUUCAACCGAACCGUUCGUUAUAAGCUGUCUUACACUUGUGAGUCUUCUGGAAAUUGCCGCAUCGACCGCCAAAACCGAACGCAGUGUCAACAUUGUAGAUUCGAGAAAUGUGUUCAAGUUGGAAUGAGGCGAGAUGGUAAGUUUCGUUUUAUUCUUGCUAGUUUAAAACACCUCGUAUCCACUAUCGAAAACGACUACAAAUUUUCUCAUUUUUGUAACAUAAGCUCGACCAAUAGUUACUGAGCCAUUUUGAAAUCAUGUAUUCUUUCCCCCGGCUAUAUCUCCAAACGCUGUUCACAGUAAGUUUAGUUAGCAACAGGGAUGUUGAAUUAUCAGAACCCUUGUAUGCACGGCAUAAAAUUUUAUGUACCUACAUUUCAAAAAGCUAUCACAUUAUCACUUAAAUCCUAGCAGAACAUAACCCAUUUUACAUGUAUACAUUGCGAUACUGUCUAGUCGUCUGGCAUCUUUCACCGCUUUAACCAUGAUAAUAGCGACUAAGCUUCCCCAGACAAUUCAUGGAUAACUACAUGUAAGAGAAUGUUCUAUUUACUUAAACUAUAUGUUGUCUUAAAAGACGACAAAGUUUUCAUGACUCUUCACGAAUCUUCAAGAAAGGGAGAUUAUUUAUCUCCCUACUCCCCAACCAACCCGUUAAAAUUAGAAAGCAAUAGCGACCUAACUCUAAGUUUACAAAGAGUAGCGAGUUCAAUUCAGUUUCAAAGAUCUUUUUCCAUUUCUUUUCCUGUCAGUGUUUGAUCUUCAAAAAGACAGAAUGCUGAAUUUCGAAUCAGUGACAAUGGAAAAAAAUUAUUUGGUUUUAAAACGUUUUGGAAUUUCUGUUAGUCUCUUUUUUCCAUUUUUAUACCAGCAGUUUAGUAUAGGGAGAGGAACUAUGUCUUUCCUUUUUUUCUCCUGGCGAAGAAUCCGUUGCGUAGGAUGAUUUUCACAAAUACGCACGUUUUCGUUUGUUCCAUAAGGGUACCCAUACCGCAGCAUGUCCAGUUACCUCUACUUGAAUGCUUGAUUCUGUUUUGUGACGCUUGAAAACAAAAUCCUAUCUUCAGUGAAUUUUAAACCAGCAAUUUUCCCACAUAUUCUUAUAUUCCUUCAUGCGCAUUAGCAGAGCAAAGCUAUUAGCCAAGAGGACUUUGACGAAAUUUACAAAGACCAGCUAGAUUAUUAAGGUUAAUUAUGUCGUUCUAAUUGUGCGCUUAGUAAGUAUGUUCGUAAAGAAAUACAGGUUGGAUGUAAAAUCUUUAAAAAGGUAAUUUUAAGAAUGUCUUCUCUGAAAUAUCCAGUUUUAUUCAAUCGCAUCUCUGCCAUUGAAAUGGUUAUCGCUUUAAGAAUUCAUGAAUCUGUUAACUUCAGGUUUUAGCAUUAAUAUUUAAGGAGUUCAUGAUAUUAUCUCUAUUCAAAAGAGGUAUUUAUUUUUAACAGUCUUGGCAAAAAGAUACAUGUCUUUCCUAUCAAAUCUUGUCCAAUUUCAUAUUCUUCUUUGAAGACAAAAUACGCAAAUGUAUUUAAAAACAAAUAUUUUCCUUCAAUAUCCAGUGCAAUUCCUGAGAAGAAACGAUAAUUAGUAUUUGGUAUUUAUCUUUUAAAACACAAGAAUGAACAAUCCUGUUUAUAGCGUGUCAAAAAAGAACUUAGACUAGUAAUUUGCUUAAAAAAAAUUAGUAAACUGCUUUUUCAAUUCCUGCAAAAUUAAUUCUUUGGUUUUUGUUUUUAUCUCAGCCAUCAGAAGAGGACGGCCCACAAAGUAUUCCUACCUGUCAAGAUCAUCAAAAUCAUUUACCUCUCAGUAUGACCUUAUAACGCUCCUUACCCAGUUAGAAAGAGGUAGCAGAGCCUCCAUAACUGCUGCUCCCAGUUCCCCAACCUUGGAAUCCACUCCAUGCCAUAAAAUAUGGACCUUAUUUUCUGCUGCCUUGAAGUGGACCAAGCACGUGCCUAUGUUUUCAAACCUGGAUAUCUGUGAACAGUACGCCAUGCUGAGAUGUUGCUGGGGUGAUCUAUUUAUUUUAGUCGCUGCACAAUAUGAUCUGCAAAUCGAUUCUGUCGCGCUCUCUUACGAGAUUGAGACAUGCGCGGGAAUGUGCAACGAGAGGAAGCUUCGACUGAAGCAGACGCUAGCCAGUUUUCACGAGUGCUUGUUACGCUUGCGUGGUUUAGAGGAGGCCGAAUACGCAUGCCUGAAAGUAAUGGUGUUGUUUUCUUCAGGUUGGUAUUGAAAAGGAUGCGACUUUAACCCUUUAAGACCCAAAUUACUUAAGACCACGUUUCUUCCCUUUCAACUUCGAUGACAUUUCGCCUCCCUUAUGACAAUAUGCCACUUACCAUUUUUUGGAGAGCAUUUCUAUUCAAUUGGUGCUCUUCAAUCAGUCGGCGCCUUCCAUCAGAUCGAAAUAAAUAGCAAUAAAGUUAUUUGAAAAAAUCUGAAUAAAAACCACUGAAUAUCCACCCAUCAGAUAAAUCACUUGUUAAUUACAAACACAACUUAAGACACUAGUUAUAUUCAGAAUUAUAGUUUUCCUUUUGGUGAUCAUUAGCUCAGCACACUCACUUUAUUCUUUGUUUCGUUUCCAGAUAGUGCAGAGGCUCGUUGUCUGCCCGACGCAGAAACAAGCCAAGAAGUUGUUCUGUCUGCCAUGGAGCGUUAUUGUAAGAAUCGUUUUCCCAAUGAGGCGUUCAGAUUUGGAAAAAUUCUCCUCAAGUUGAUGGGACUUCGAGCAGUGAAUGCUAAUGACCUGGAAUUUUUGUUCUUUUCAAAAAUUCUGCAUCAUACAUCCAUUGCCGGUGUGAUUAGAAACCAACUUGUCAGCGGCUUAUCUCAUUCUCCUGUGUCGCCCUACAAGGAGGCAGGCAUGAAAAGUCAUCAGUAA